UUCCUUUCGCCUCCCUUCCCCCAUCGCUCCCCCGCGAGAACUGGUCAGAUACUUAUGAGCGCAGCCGCGGGUGAACCAUCCCUCCCCGCUCUCGUGUUCGUGCUCGCAGUCGCAAGCGCCAAGCGGUGGAGCUGAGCCGCGAGGGGGAUAAGCCCAAGCCCGGGUGGCGUGGCUGGGUUGGUGGCUUCGGCCGCGGCGGCGGCGGCCCGCUGGUCUCUGGGUGGAAUGGAGUGGGAGGUGACGAAGGCUUUGGACUUUAAAUUCACCUUAGUUGGGUGAUAAGAUAGUCGCAGUGCAGCUACCAGUUUCUUAGAAGCAAAAUCGUUGAUACCAAGGGAAGUGACUGAAUUUGGUUCAUUCUUGUACAAAAAUCAUGGGGGGCGUCUGCUCCAGGAAGAGAAGCCAAUUGGUGGAUGAGGGAGACUCUCUCCAGGCAUCCCCAAGGUUCUCGAAGACCAGCAGCUUGAAAUGGUUGCUGCUCUCACUACCCCGCACCAAUUCUGAUGUCUCCCGGAAGGGCCAAGGGGAGGGGCCCGGGCGGUGCCCGUCCCUCAUGGAGCUUUGUGUGGCUAGAGUCUGCAAGGAUAUGGACAAAUAUUCUAGUUUCAUGAUGCUGCCGAGGGAUCUCAGCCAGCAGAUUUUCAAUAAGCUAGUAGAAUCAAACUGUCUUACAGAGGCAUCGCUUCAAACAUUUAGGGAUUGUGCUCUGCAGGACAUUUGCUUAGGGGAGUAUCCUGGAGUGAAGGAUGCUUGGAUGGAAGUAGUGGCAUCUCAAAGAAACUCAUUGUUAUCGCUUGAUAUUUCGUGCUCUGAAGUAACUGAUAGUGGUAUAGAUCUUCUUAGAGAUUGCUCAAGCAUACAAAGCUUGGCAUGUAAUUACUGUGAUCAAAUUUCCGAACAUGGCCUGGGAAUGUUGUCAGGACUUUCAAACAUUAGUUCCUUAAGUUUUAAGAGAAGUAAUGGUGUUACAGCUGAAGGAAUGAGAGCCAUUGCAAAUUUAAUUAACUUAGUAAAUCUCGACCUUGAAGGUUGCCUAAAGAUUCAUGGUGGCCUUAUUCAUUUAAAAGAUCUGACAAAGCUGGAAUCACUGAAUCUGAGAUAUUGCAAUUAUAUUGCAGAUUCAGAUAUCAAAUAUUUAACAGAUCUUACCAAUUUGAAGGACCUUCAAUUGUCAUGUUGUAGGGUCACAGAUCUGGGUGUAUCCUAUCUUAGAGGCUUGUCGAAGCUCACUCACUUGAACCUAGAGGGCUGCCCAGUGACUCCUGCUUGUUUGGAAGCUAUUUCAGGAUUGGCUUCAUUGGUAUCAUUGAAUUUGAAUCGUUGUGGUAUAUACGAUGAUGGCUUUGAAAACUUUGAAGGUCUUAAAAAAUUGAAGGUUUUGAACUUGGGGUUUAAUUAUAUUACAGAUGCUUGUUUGGUGCAUCUCAAAGAAUUAAUCAAUUUGGAGUCCUUGAACUUGGAUUCAUGCAAGAUUGGAGAUGAAGGUCUACAGCAUCUUAAAGGCCUUGUGCUACUACAAAGCUUGGAGCUUUCUGAUACUGAAGUUGGAAACAACGGACUACAACAUCUAUCUGGCCUUCGUAAUCUGCAAAGUAUCAAUCUCUCAUUUACUUUGGUCUCGGACAUUGGUAUGAAUAAGAUCUCCAUGUUGAGUGCACUGAAGUCGGUUAAUCUUGACAACCGCCAAAUUACUGAUGUUGGCUUGGCAGCACUUACAAGUCUCACCGGGCUGACUCAUCUUGACCUUUUUGGAGCUCACAUAACUGACUAUGGCGCAAAUUGCUUCAGAUGUUUUAAGAAUCUCAAGUCUCUUGAGGUCUGUGGUGGGUUCAUGACCGAUGCUGGAGUGAAGAACAUCAAGGAUCUGAAAGCUCUGACGCUGCUGAACCUUUCUCAAAACGUUAACCUUACGGACAAAACCUUGGAGCUGAUUUCUGGCUUGAUCGCUUUGGUCAACUUGAAUGUCUCAAACUCCCGUGUGUCCAACGCUGGUCUCAAACACCUGAAGGACCUGCAGAACCUGCGCUUGCUGUCCCUGGACUCCACCAGGGUCACGGCAAACGAGAUGAAGAAGCUCCAGGCGACGACGCUGCCUAAUCUGAUCAGCAUGCGGCCCGAGUAGCUUGCCAGCGGCCACUCUCGAUGCCUGCUGUAAAUAAUCAUCAGGCUGUUCUGUAGAUAGGUAUAGUCCUGGAAGAGCCUGAGGUGAAGGCGGACAUGUAAGUUACAGGUACCGUUAGUGUGUGGCAGGUCUAGUGCUCGGUGUCAAGCGUGCCCGUCGUUUCGGGACGGUUGUAGAACCGGGCGCUUGCUUUGCGCCGUGCGUGCACCCUCCAAGGCGCGACGGGAAGAAACAGAACUGUAAAUAGCGCGCUUCCUCGCCAUCUGGGAUGCUUUGUGCUGUAUGUUGUCGUGUGUCAAACAUGUUAUUUCCGUGUUAAAUUGGAGCUGGAUGUUUUGUGAUCUGGUUCGAU